AUGUGGUCUACGAGCUGGCCAGGCAGCUGGGGUCGACUGCCGAUUCUCCUGAUGCCCCUCAACAAGGUAUGCUCAAUAGGAAACUACACACAGCACACUGGCAAAACCAGAUCAAAUGCUGCUUUCAAACAAGCCAAGCCUAGCAUCAAUGGAAAACCCACAAAGACGCUGCUUCAACUAGGAAAAGUCCGCAUGAGAAUGACAGAAGUUGUUCACGGAGGACGACACGAUCACUUUCGAUCGGGCGUACAAGCUCGCCGUGGCCAUGGAGGCGGCCGAGGUCAACGCGGCGCUAGUGGAGGACUGUGCUCGGAGUCGAACCAGCGACAGUAUGCCAGCGAGUGCGACGACAUCGGUGCAUCAUGUGGGUCGGGCCGGCCGAGGCCGGGCGGCGGACGAGCCACAGCGGGCCGAGCGAGCCGCGGGAAGAUAACGGGCGGCGGCGGUCCAAGCGCCAUAAGCGGAGCGGAUAGCGGGAAGUGGCGAGGCUUCGGGCAAAACAAUAACACGGAGUUAAAUGGAGCAUGUAAAGUGUGCGGAGCGAAGCAUGAAGCCGACAGAUGCAAAUUUAAGAAAUAUGUCUGUCAAGUGUGUAACCAAGAGGGACACUUAAAAAGGGUAUGUCCUAAGUUGCGGGGAAAUUCGUCUCUAUACAACGUGAGGGAGGAGAAGGGUGUGUAUUGGGACAAUUCGGACAGCGGAGACAGCAGCGGCAGCGACAGUGAAGAGUUGUUUGAUGAGGCGGAAUUUAGUUCCAGAUACUGUGAGGUGUUUGCGGAGGGCUUGGGCCGGUUCACGGGCGGCACGGUCGGGUUCCACCUGCGGCCGGGCGCGCGGCCGCUGUUCCUGCGCGCGCGCCCGCUGGCGUACGCGCUGCGCGAGCCGGUGGAGCGCGCGCUCGACCAGAUGGUGCGCGACGGGAUCAUCACGCCGGUCGCCACCUCCGACUGGGCCACGCCUAUAGUCCCGGUAGUUAAGAAAGAUGGCACCAUAAGGGUAUGUGCUGAUUUUAAAUUAACGCUAAAUAAAUGUCUAGAAGUGGACCACUAUCCUUUGCCGAAAGUAGAAGAUUUGCUGACUAAAUUACACGGGGGAAUUAAAUUCACAAAAUUGAACCUGUCGCAAGCUUACGCCCAGUUUGAAUUAAAUGAUGAGUCUAAGAAGUAUACGGUUAUUAAUACCCAUAAGGGUUUAUUUAUGUACAAUAGGUUAAUAUAUGGGCUAGCGUCUAGUCCUGGUAUUUUCCAAAGAAAACUCGAACAGUUGUUUGCAGACAUGCCCAGGGUAGGUGUCUUCCUAGAUGACUUGAUCAUAACAGGGGUCGACGACCGAUCGCACAUAGACACGCUUUACGAGGUGUUUGAAAGGUUAAGGAAAUACGGUCUAAAGGUUAAAAAGGACAAAUGUACGUUGUUUGCUGACUCUGUAACGUAUCUCGGUUUCGUAAUUAGUAAGCACGGCGUGCAUACAUGCCCUGAAAAAAUUGAAGCGAUCAAACAGGUACCGGUUCCUAAUAAUGUGUCAGAAUUGCGGUCAUUUUUAGGUUUAGUAAUGUACUAUGCGAAGUUCGUACCAAAUAUAAGUACCAUUCUGACGCCCCUCUACGCGCUUUUGCGAAAAGAAGUGAAGUACGAGUGGAGUGACGCUUGCAUGCGCGCGUUUAAGGAGGUAAAGCGUAUGUUGGUUUCGGGCGAUAUAUUAGCGCAUUAUUCACCAGACCUUCCCCUGAUUCUGACUACAGACGCGAGUAGUGUAGGGGUUGGCGCUGUGAUAUCGCACCUCGUGCCCUGCGCCGGCGGCACGGGCGCUAUCGAGCGGCCGAUAGCGUACUCGUCGCGGGUACUGAACGCCGCGGAGAAGUCGUAUUCGCAAAUUGAACGGGAAGCACUUUCAAUAAUUUAUGGGGUCCGAAAAUUUCACCAGUACUUAUAUGGUAGGAAGUUUAUUCUAAGAACGGACCAUAAGCCCUUGGUGACAAUUUUCGGCGAUAAGGUAGGAGUACCUGUAAUGGCUGCAAGUCGUAUGCAGAGGUGGGCAGUUAUUCUAGCUGGUUACGAUUAUACCAUUGAGUAUGUGCGCAGUGAAGGGAACGCGGCCGAUGCUUUAUCUCGCUUGCCGGUGGGUAAGGAGAAAAAGCAACGAAAGGAAGUGACAUAUUUAAAUUUUAUCCAAAACUUCCUGCCGAUUACGAGGAAAAUGGUACAAGAUCACAUUAGUAAGGAUGAAGUAGUAAAGAAAGUUUUUCUGUUUGUAUUAUCCGGCUGGCCUGCUAGUUGUGACGAGGAAGCUCUUAAACCAUAUUACCUGCGGCGCAAUGAAUUGUAUAUAGACCGGGGUUGCAUAAUUUGGGGUUAUAGGUUAGUCGUUCCAGAGGCCUUGAGAAGCAAGUUACUCAAAGAAUUACAUGUUGGCCAUUUAGGUAUAGUGAAAAUGAAGAGCUUAGCCCGUAGCGUGAUGUGGUGGCCCGGAAUAGACAGCGAUAUCGAGGAGUUAGGUAAGCAGUGCACGACGUGCGCGCUAGAGGGCGCCGCGCCGCCGCGAGCGCCGCCGCAGCCGUGGCCGUACCAUCCGGAGCCCUGGUCACGUUUACAUGUUGAUUUCCUGGGUCCUUUUCAUGGUGAAACUUUUCUAGUCAUUGUAGAUUCUACAACUAAAUGGUUGGAAAUAUUCAAAAUGGCUAAAACGACUGCUAGGGGAGUAAUUAAAGCGUUACUAUGCAGUAGAGUAAAGAAAUUAUUCAUCGUGAUCGCCAACCCUGACAUCAAACUGUCAAAUGCUAUGGUUUUGCUAUAUCCGUUACGAGGUAUGUUACCGGUAGAGGUAGUUUCGGACAAUGGUCCUCCGUUCACUUCUAAAGAGUACGCACAUUUUAUGGAAACUAACGGUAUCAAAAUGACGUUCACGCCAGCUUACCAUCCGGCCUCGAACGGCGCUGCGGAAAACGCGGUGAAAUUAUGCAAGCGAGCCAUCAAAAAGGCACUUCGAGAUGGUUGUGACGUCGAUGAAGCUCUUCAAGCAUAUCUCAUGAUGUACAGGAACGUCGAACACGGUUCCACGGGGUCUGCUCCAGCUAUGUUGUUACAACGGAGAAGGCUGCGAUCGAGGCUAGACUUAUUAAGGGGUACUCGGCAGGUCAAAUCUAGGGUACAGCAAGCUCAAGACAAACUGGUGUAUAACGCGGGAGGUAAACCCAGGGAACUUAAUGUAGGCGAUAACGUAUGGGCGCGAGAUCAUGCCGGGGGAAGCUGGGUAAGUGGUCUGGUUAAGGAGAAAGUAGGGUCCCGGAAUUUUAUUAUAGCUAGGGGAAGUGGUCCACAACUAAAAAGGCAUUUAGACCAGAUUAAAAAAAGGCGUAGUAGUUAUACAGUGGCCCUGCCAGAGGUGUCGGAGGCGGCGCCAGGCGAGGAAUCCGCACCCGCAGUUAACGGGACUGAGGCAAGUCAGAGCUUGCGCGCGCCGGACUCUGUGGUGGAACCCGAUCUUAAGGAACCACCUCAGCCAUCUAUAGAAAUCGGGUCUCAAGACGCCGUACCCAGUCGCACGGAAUGUAAUGCGUCUCCUGCGGACCGACCCAAGCGCAUGCGUAAACCCAUGCAAAGAUAUGGCUUCGAGUUCGAUUAA